CGGUAAGAUAGCGUACAUCUCGGUUCCUCAGUUACUCCCUGGACUGAUAAUUAUCAAUACCUUUCAUGGUGGUAGAGAAAUUUACGCACGGGAUGGAGUGUCAGUGACUAGGCCCAUAGGAAAGGUGAUAAUGACAGUGAAAAGUGCGUGCUUGAUUCCUCCUUACACCUGUCCAGUUAUGACUUUCGUGACAUGGCUUCAAGGAGGCCAGUGCAGUAAGGCAGAGGAUGAUGAACGUGUGGCGAGCCGCGAGGGUGAUGCGGCUGCACUGGCUGCUGAUCCUCUCAGCGUCUGUGUUGUUACUCUUCAACGUGCUGCUGUCCACACAGCGGCGCCGGUUACCACAGCAGCAGCAGCAGCAACUCACGUCUUCAGCUGAGGUCAGAGGUCCAUGGAGAACCUUCAAGGGUCAGCUGCCAGACAAGGCGCCUCUGGUGCAGAGCGAGUUAAGCUCCGGAGUGAGGGAGGAAGAGAACUCAGCCCGUGAGGUGCUGGACGUGGAGGGCGCCGAGGCGAGGCAAGGCCAUAACCCUGACGUGGACGCCGCCAACGAGGUCAACUCAGUGGAGCCAGACACCAGUGUUGGUAUGCAGCUGCCGACAGGAAACUGGAGGAACUUGACGGUGGAGGAGAUCUCCCACAUGUCUGUGCUGGGGAGGCGGAUGUUCCUGGGGGAUCAAGCGGGCACAGUGAGGAAGAACAAGACCUUCACCAUCCUCGUCUGGAAACACGGCAAGAGGCUGGAGAGGCGCUUCCUCAAGCAGUACGGCAGCGUCAUGAUGGAACCCUUCAGAGAUUGCUCGGCGCAAAACUGUCGCCUCACCUACGAGGACGCUGCGGUGGCGGACGCUGACGCCAUUUUGUUCCACCUGCACCAAACGAAGGGGCCACAGAGCUUGCCGAACCGGACGCGACUGGACCAGCGGUGGAUCUGGCUGACGGAUGAGAGCUCGUAUAAUACCUUCCUAGUGGGCAAGGAGAGGCGCCUUGAGGCCUACAACGGUCUCUUCAACUGGUCCAUGAGCUACAGGAUGGACAACGACGUGCCAGUCCCUUACGGCCGCACGCUGCCCCUCACACCGGCCGAGGCAGCGGCACACAAACCUGUAGACUACUUUACCCUCAAGCCCAAGCUGGUGGCUGUCAUGGGUUCCAACUGUGGCGGCAGAAACAAACGAUGGGGCUACAUCAAGGAGCUGCAGAAGCACAUGACGGUGGACACGUACGGGGGCUGUGGCACCCUCAAGUGUCCGGGCCACUUCAUCAAGGACUGCCCCAUCCUCGGAGACUACAAGUUCUACCUCGCCUUCGAGAACUCCAACUGUAAGGAGUACAUCACAGAGAAGGUGUGGUGGAACGCUCUGGAGAAGGGUGCGGUUCCAGUGGUGAUGGGGACCAAGGUGGAGGAUUACAGGAGAGUGCUUCCACCUCACUCCUUCCUGCAUGUGGACGACUUCCCAACCCCGCAGAGCCUCGCCCAACGCCUCAUGUAUCUGGGCAGCAACAAGACGGAAUACAACAAGUUUCAAGCGUGGCGGAGUCAGUUCAAAGUGGUAAAUGAACACGGCUACUUUCAAACCCCUGUCUUUCACUACUGCCGUAUUUGCGAGGCUCUCAACUACAACAGCCAAGGAACCAAAGUGUACAAUGACCUCGAGAACUACUGGGGGAAGUCCAAAUAUUGUUACCCGUUCGAGUGGGAACAAAAAUUGAAAGCCUAUUCCUCCACCACUUCGAAAUCUAAAACAUAAACUCGUAUUCCUUUUUCAUUCUUUGUUGUUAUUGUUAUUCGUGCGUAUUCUAAGAUACGUUCUCUAUAAGGACUGUCUCUAAGGCCCAUGAAGAUUUAGUAGGGUUCUUAUUUUAACUUUUUUUUUUAUUGAUGAGAUAGAGAAA